AUGGUGCAGCGUCUGUGUGUCUGUCUUGCAGGAAAAGAGGGAUACGGCUGCGGUCGCUGCAGUGCGUAUCUGUGUGAUAACAGCGACAUCAUCUCACGCCACUUUCACGGAAAGCACGGUAAGGCCUAUCUUUUUAGCCGCUGUUUUAACUACUACUUUGGCCCUCAGGAGGAGAAGGAGUUGAUGACAGGUACCCACAUUGUGCGCGAUGUCUUUUGUUCUAACUGUGAUCACUACAUUGGCUGGACGUACGACUUUGCACACGAGGAAAAGGAGCGGUACAAGAUGAAUCGGUUUGUGCUGGAGCGCAAGCUUCUGCGAGCGAUCACCGCCGAUUCAACAAGAGGCUUGUCUGGCCCUGGCGCUGAAACGCAGGAUAUGGAGAACACCUAG